AUGCGGAGAAUUUGAGACCUCGUAUCUUGAGAUUAAUAAUGGUCUGGAAGAAGGCAUACGAGACGUUUAGUGUUGUGUAUUCCCAUAAAUAAGUGCAUCAGUCGCAGACCAAUUGCUGAGCCACGGAAAUCCUGUGAAAAGAACAACGCUUUGAAGCAGACUACUUCACCAUGUCGUCCGCUGAGCCACCAAGCACGCCAAGUUGGGUCCUGAAACCCGAUCAUAGUUCGACCGUUGACCGCAUCCGGUCGGUGGCCGGAAAGGUGGCCGUAGUCACUGGCGGCGGUCGUGGAAUAUCAGCACAGAUAGCGCUUGGUCUCGCAGAAGGUGGCGCGAUCGUGGCUAUCUUUGAUGUUCUGCCCGAGCCAGUCAAGGAAGAAUUUGACGCCAUUCUGCAACACUGUUCAAAAGCCACUUAUUAUCGUACCGACGUGACAUCCCCAGAAUCCCUGGCAGAAUCCUUUAAAUCGGUGCUACAAGAUUUUGGAAAGAUCGAUAUCUGUGUUGCAGGCGCAGGCAUAUUAGGCGAUGCAGCUCUUAUCGACAUCAAGGAAGCCGAACUACGUCGUCAAAUCGAGGUUAACCAGCUGGGGGUCUUCUUCACGGUACAACAAGCAGCACGACAGAUGGUGGCUCAAGGCCAUGGAGGAGCGAUUCUUGUUAUUGCAUCCAUUGCAUCGUAUGGGUCCUUGAGAGGCCAACAAGCAUCUGCGUAUGUUAUGACGAAAUGGGCAGUCAGGGGCCUGGUAAGACAGGCGGCACUAGAACUAGGCCAGCACGGAAUUCGGGUCAACUCAUUGUCACCUGGCUAUGUCCAGACAGGCCUUUCCCUACCAUUCAUCACAGAAGAAAAACUGAAGGAGUGGCAUGGGAAGAUACCCUUGGGCCGUAUGGAGAGACCAGACGAGUUAAAAACGCCAGCGGUGUUUCUGUGUAGCGAUGCUGCGGGCUACAUCACUGGUACAGAUCUACUGGCCGACGGGGGCUCACUAUGCUGA